UGAGCUGAGGUGAAUCAAAAUAAAAGUUGGUUAAGGAAAAGUGAAUGAAAAUGAGAAUUUGUUGAGGGGAAAUGAUGGGUUGGCAAAGGAGAAGCUUUGAAAGAAGGAAGAAUUGAAUUCUUGGAUGAGGAGCUGCUUCGAGAAUGGUUGGGGUGGAGACCUGGUGCCGCUACUUUCUCACCAAACUCCACUACUCUGUCACUGUUACUCGGAAGCGUUAUCUGCUAGGUGAAAUUCCGCCUAAUAGAGUUUUUUAUAACGUAUGGAAAACUCUAAUCGAAGGAAGGAUGACAUACUUGCGUUGGACUGAAGGAGAACAGAUGGCUCCGAUGAUUGGGCCUCGGGGUGGAACACUUCUUGUUCGUAAAAUUCCAGUUGCAAAUGCUAGGAAAGUUUUUGUUGGAGAUGUGGUCGUCAUACUGGACCCUAAGGACUUCCGAAAUUAUAUUAUACGAAGAUUAGCUGCAGUUGAAGGAGAUGAGAUGGUAUCUGAUGUGUUGUAUGAGGAAUCUUUUACCAUUUGUGAGGAUUGGUGCUGGAUAUUAGCUGACAAUAAGAAGCUAACGCCCAAGGAAGCUUAUGAUAGUCGAUAUUUAGGUCAAGUUUACAUAAAAAACAUAAUCGGCAGAGUCAUAUAUUCUUUCCGAGAUGCUGCAGAUCAUGGACCUGUAAAGAACAGUGAGAUCAGCAUGGAGAAGGAUUCACCUAUUCUAGAAGUGGAACUUGAUGUUGAUGAAUUGACAAGAAAUCACAAAGCAGCUAAAUAGAUUCACUGUUGCAAACUUAUAGUGAACCAGCCUGACGGGUUUAGUCUUAGUUUUUGUAUGGUGGAUGAAAUUCUUGCACGAAUAUAGAUGUUAACUCCAUGAACCAAAUCUGUGUGUAAAAGUGUCCCCUUCUUUUAUUUAUUUCAGCAAGAAAAUGAACCUCCAAACUUGGUGCUUAAAAUUUGAGAUGUGCCUGUGGCCACAUAGCUGAAUUUGGCCAACUCAGUCGGCCACGCCACAUAGUUUAGAAGCCAAACGCGGUGCUCACUGGGACGCUAUGUCACAUGACAACGUCAAUCAACUUAAGAGCACAUCUCAGCCUCGCAGUUGCUCAGAUACCAUGUAAUUGCCAAGUAGCUUCAUAUGGUCAUUGUGAAUACCACCAGAAAUGCCCACUUUCAGAUGUUCAACCAAUGACAUCAAAAUCUGUAUUCAUAAUCAUAUUACACUUUUGGUAGAAG